CGAACGGCCUCAUACAGUCCGACUGACUGAAUUUCUGUCGCGUGGACAAAUUUCCUUCCACCGCAUAAAACUUCCAUAAACUGUGGAAUUCACCUCUUCGUCGCGAAACCCCAACAUGGACACUCUAGAUCCAAAUAGUUCGCCACCUAGGACUCCGCCACCGCGAUCACCAUCCAUACCACAAACCCCUUCCUCGGCUGGCCGCAUCAAUCAAACCCCUUCCCGCUUCAAUUUUCCUGAAUCCUCACCAUCGUCUCGUAAACGGCGACGUUCCACCAUUCAACACAAUGUUACAGCCCUCGCGAGAAUGAUAGCUCCUGGUGCUAACCCACCGGAAAGCUUGUCACGUCAAAGUCACCUCACUCCUAACACACCAAGCAGAGGACCACGCACACCUCGACGGUCCCUCAAUAAUCGCAAGCUGUCGGGAUUCUUACCCGGAACGCCAAGACGUAGCUCUUUUAGAAACACAGCAUUUUCCGGACAGACGUACAGAGCACGAAGUCUACUAAAAGUCAUUGAGACGCCAGCGCGCGUAAAUAGACUCGCUGACAUUCGUACACCCAGUGAUCUUUUACGACUUUUGACUCGAAUGCCUGAUUUUCAAAAAGACCCCAGCCCUACGCCAAGACAGGAUCAAAUGGAUCACAAUUUAGCGGAUGUAGUUGGGCAAGAUGAUGAUACCCAUUUUCCAGAGACACCUCAAGGUGGCCGAGAAAGUAUUCUACCCGAUAUGAGCAUAGAUGAAAUGCAUGCACGGUUUCAACUAUUGGAUGAAGACGAAAAGACUUUUGUUCGUGACUCUCUUGAGUUCGGGUUUCGUCACCAUCGAAAUCGUAGAGGUUUCUUAAGCAGCGAUGAAGUUGAAAAACAACGAAGAUUGACAUACAAUAGUGAUGCUACAUUUGGAGAUUCGAUGUGGGAAGAUGAAGAUGAGUUGAUGGAGGAAGAGGUAUCGAUGGACGACGACGUUGCGACUUCUAAAGCACAUCGUGGUGAACACCAGCAAAAGGUCUCCAGAGAAUCGUCAGAUGAAAUAGAUUUAACUAUGCCAGUCCAUAACGAGCUAGCGGCCAAGGAAGAACAACCGGAAGCGCUAACAAAGGUGCCUACGCAGUCUACUCCAUCUCCAACUUUGGAACACGAGGAUGACAUGCCAGUUGAUUUUGAUCCACAAAUAGGUGAGGGAGAUGACUAUGAAGUGGAUGAGGAAAUCGACGACCAUGCCAAACAAGCGCAUAUGGAAUCAAAGCAAGCACGGCUAUCUCAAUUAGGGUUUGCACCGAUCGAUGAACUGGAAAACCGAGUUAGCGGGAUGCACGGCUCCUCGCGCCCCAAGCUACAGCCACAAUCGCCUAUACCAGAACCUGAUCGGCCGUUGGUUCAAGUGACGUUGGCGCAAUUAGCAGCAAGAAGUGGAGCUGAAGUUGAUCAGUUACGGAGAGAAAACAAAGCACCAGCGCAAAAGGUUUCGGAAGCCGGAGUAGUAGUUCCAAAUCUUCCCAAAGCUUUGAUCAAAGAUUUGUUUUCGUCUUUCUCAAGGACCAAAGUUUCGCGAGAAGCAUUAGAAACAGUCAUGGAAGCAUCGCACCAAUUUUUUGCACAAGCUUCUGAAGAUUUAUCGGUGUAUGCUGGUCAUGCUGGGCGGACAAUGAUUCAGGAGACGGAUGUAGAGUGUCUGAUGCGAAGGCAAAGGUUAUUAAACGACAAGGUCUCUAUGGAAUCUCUUGCCCACAAGCUUCUACCUCGUGAAUUAUGGGAUGAAAUCUGUGUAUCUGCCCUUGCUAAUAAUGAACUGCAUCCUCGUCGCCAAGCUCCUCCAUAACAGCUAGUCGAAGGUAUUAGACUCUAACCAUAUCUCUAAUUAUCUAUACUCUCAUUGCAUCACAUUGUACCCCAUUCACCUCAUUUUUUUGUGUAAAUAAAUACUAUCUCAGUGUUAUUGAGGAUGGCAUGAGCAUUAACAUGAAUGCUGCCCAACA